UGGUCUCUGUGUGCAUGCUACACCGCCGCCGCUUUCAUCUGAUACAGUCAUGCCAGCCAGUGCCCUGUCACGUACAGCAGCAACUGGCAGGCUAAUUCAGUGUGUGUGAGAAGAGGGCACAUUCGCCUACUGUGGGCUGCCUGAAUGGAGACCAGAAUCAGUGCUUGCAGUGGGGCAACUGGGCAGCUCCAGGGGAGCAGGAAGGGAGGUGGCACCCUGCUGGCUCCAUGUCACCCUGCCAGGGCUCUGUACAAUCAAGUUCCUUUACACCACCCAUUUGGAGAUCCUCAUUGCUGUCAGCUGCUUUAUUAAUGACUCCUGAGACACGAGGAAGGUUUUUCUACGCCAGCUGACUUUUCAUAAUGCCUGUUACAGAUCAAGCGUUUGUCACUCUUGGGACAAAUGACAUUUACUGUCAAGGAGCCCUGGUCCUGGGGAAAUCUUUAAGGAAUCAUAAAACAAGUAGACAGCUGGUAGUAAUGAUAACAUCACAGGUCACCAGCCGAAUGAGAGAUGUCCUUAGUAAUAUAUUUGAUGAAGUGGUCGAAGUGGAUAUUUUAGAUAGUGCUGAUUCUGUCCAUUUGUCUUUGAUGAAGAGACCAGAACUUGGUAUCACGUUCACCAAAUUUCAAUGCUGGACUCUUACUCAGUAUACCAAGUGUGUGUACAUGGAUGCUGACACAAUCGUCCUUUGCAACAUCGAUGAACUGUUUGAUAGGGAUGAGUUUUCUGCUGCUCCAGAUUCUGGCUGGCCAGAUUGCUUCAACAGUGGCGUAUUUGUCUUUAGACCAUCGGUGGAGACAUUUCACAAACUUCUUCACUUUGCGGAAGUACAUGGCAGCUUUGAUGGAGGUGACCAAGGCCUACUAAAUAGCUUCUUCAGCAACUGGGCAACAGCAGACAUCAGCAAGCACUUACCAUUCAUCUAUAACCUGAGCAUUAGUUCUGUUUAUACGUAUAAGCCUGCUUUUCUACAGUUUGGAUCUGAGGCAAAGGUUGUUCAUUUUUUGGGCACACCAAAGCCGUGGAACUGCAAAUACAACCCUCAGACCAGAUGGAUCGUUGAGGAUGAAUCUUUAAGUGGACAGGAGCACCUCUCUUAUCUUGUCCUUUGGUGGGAAAUCUAUAUUUCAGAUAUAUUGCCAUUACUAACAGAACAAGAAAGAACAGAUGGAACAAACAGUCAACAGCACCAAAUUGGAAGAAUUGAGCUUCUCGUGAAAAAUGAAAACCCGUCUUCAGUUGAGACUCCUGAAAGCACCCCUGGAGAUAGGCUACCUGAUAGUAACGCUGAACAGCACAGUCUGGAUUGCAGAGGUCCAGAUCAAAGCUUGGAACUUCCUUGUCAGCUGACCAAUGAAUGUGUAACUCAAGACAACGUUCAAAUGGUACAGCUUGCCCAUUCUGCUUCAGAGUUGUCCAUCCACGAAUCAGAAGAAGAGGCCAGGACAGAAGAUGAGCGCAGGAAGUGGGAGCAAGGGCAAAUUGACUACAUGGGAAAGUAUUCUUUUGAGAACAUCCAGAAAAAGUUAGAUAGAUUUUUACAGUAACUCUCUGCCUUCGUUUUUACACUGCCGUGCAACCUUCCCUCUCUCUGCAUUAUUUAUUGUGCCGUGGCAUUUUGUUUGGUUUUAUAUCAUGCUUAAAAAUCUUGUACUAUUUUAAUACAAAUUAUCCAAAUAAAUUAGAGCUAUUUAGUUUUGCAAUAUAUUCUGUCUUUAUUAUCCAUUGCCUCUCCUUAUAACAACAUAAUUAGGCAUGUUGGCAUGGGCCUUGUCCUUCAAAUUCUGUUACCUGCAUUUUCCUAAUGAUAACCAGCUAGGAGGAUUUUUAAUAAAAUUACUUUUUUGAAGGAGUUUUUGCAUAUAUUUAUAAAGAAUUUCUUAUUUUUACAUCACAACAUUGUCACGUGUAAUCUGCCUUAAUAUUGGAAUGUUAUUUUUUUAAUCGAUGCUGAUGUUACUAUAAACGUUGAGGUGCAAGUCUGAAAAACUGUCAAUUAAAAAACAUGUUCAGCACCUUUAA